UCUGUCACCUUGCAUUUGCAGUAAAUAGAAUGAGGUUAGCAAAAAAGACUAUCCUGUAAUUUUAUUUUUAAGCUCAAAAUUAGACUAAUUAGAAAAAUGUCUGCCUCAUUUAUUCAUAGAAUAAUCCUUUCUGUGGGAUUCCUAUCACUGUUUCAUUCUGCGUAUUCAGCUGCUCAACAUCGAUCAUAUCUUCGUUUAAAUGACUUAGAUUUUACACAUUUACCUUUAGAUAUCUUUAUUCAAGCCUUGGUCAGCCUCUUUGUCAUCAUGUACGGAGUUCUGAGCAUCGCUGGAGAGUUUAAGGAGAUCAAAGCCUCAGCUGAAUUGGAAAACAGGUCCUGGGAAACUUUUAGGAACAUUCCUUCCUUCUAUACCUUCACUCACAGAGGUGGUAAAGCUUCACCAGUAUUAACCAAAGCUAGUUUAGAAGAAAUUGAGUAGGGAAUAGGAUUUUUGUAUUUAUUUGUACCUUGUAGAGAUUGUUAUGGAAAUGUAUAUGUUAUUUAAUAAAAGAUAACUCAAUUGUUUUGUAUA